CAGCCAAUCAUAGGCAUGGAAUCAUUGACAAAAGAAAAAGUCGCCAUCAAAAUUCUCGACAAGACGAAGCUCGACCAGAAGACGCAGCGCCUACUGUCGAGAGAAAUCGCAAACAUGGAACAGCUCCACCAUCCGAACAUCAUUCGACUGUACGAGGUCGUCGAAACGCUAUCGAAACUCUACAUAGUCAUGGAGUACGCGAGCGGUGGCGAGCUCUUUCAUAAGAUUCAGGCGGAAGGCAAGAUGGCGGAACCCGAUGCAGCUCACCUUUAUGCUCAAAUCAUCUCGGCCGUAGAACAUAUGCACGGCAAGAAUAUCAUCCACCGCGACAUCAAGGCCGAGAAUGUGUUCUUUGCUGGUCAGCAGAUGGUCAAGAUGGGCGACUUCGGCUUCAGCACGAUGAGUCAACCCGACCAGCAGCUGAACACGUUCUGCGGCUCGCCGCCCUACGCCGCUCCCGAGCUGUUCAGGGACGAGAACUACAUUGGCUGCUACGUCGACAUCUGGGCGCUGGGAAUACUCCUCUACUUCAUGGUGACGGGCAUGAUGCCGUUUCGCGCCGACACCGUCGGCAAGCUCAAGAAGUUGAUACUCGACGGCACCUACGUCAUACCGACGCACACGUCCGACAGCUGCCAGUUCCUCAUCCGUAACGUGCUCAAGCCGCUGCCGACCGAUCGCUUCACUCUCGCGCAGAUCUCCAACUCCGACUGGCUAACGGGCAACGACUUCCCGUCGGCGCACUCGCCGUACGAUCUCAUGCCGAGCUACAGCAAGGUGGAGAUGAAGGCCGAGGAGCGCGAGGUGACGAACGCGCUGCGUAACUUCGGCAUUACGGACGAGCACGUGAAGGAGUCGCACGUGAAGUCGUCGCGCAGCUCGGUGACGGGAACCUAUCGCAUCAUGCUGCACCGCGCGCAGAAGAAGAACUCCGAGCCGCUAGAAGACCUCACCGACGACGAAGAUCUCGCCGAACUGAACGAGGCGAGCGGCAAGAAGCGAAAGCAGGGCAAUAAGAAGUCGCGCUUCUGCGCGAUUCUCUGA